ACCUCGUCCUGUGUAUUCCGCCGCGCCAUGGCUGCUGUGACGGCCGUGUGGAGCACAGUGCUGCGGACUUUUCGGGAUUUCGUGCGGAACUAAGACGAUUAUGCCCUCAAAAUGACCAACGAGAGGCCUAUAACAUCCCGGUUGUUCACCACGUCCGUUGUAGAGGGCCGGAUUGAGCUCGAUGAGAAAUAUGAUAAAGCCUACAACAACGUCAUCACCUUAACACGAGGACUAACUGAAGAGGAGUCUCAUCAUGCACUGAACAAAGCCUUAGAUGACCGCAAAGUCCAUGAUGAGCUUUGCCUGGGUCUACUAGUUAGCAUUUUGGCAGACCCCUCCAUAGCUUCCAGGCAUUACCAUGAUCUGACCCUUGUGUCCCGUGACUCCCUGAAGGUAGUGACCGAGACACUCAUACACCAGAUUAUUGGUGAACGGUUCUCCCGGUUAUCAGAGAGCACAAGAAGACAGCUGCUGUGGCUGGUACGGGAACUGGUCAAGACAGGAAUAAACAAUGUGGAGGGAGUGGUGUGGUGCCUCCUCAGACAGAUUGCUGGUGGGGAUGUUUCACCGAAGAAUGUGUGGUUGGCCGAAAGUUUAGUAGAUAUAUUAAGAGAAAAUAGGCCGUGGUUGGACAAGUUUCCUGUCAUUGUUGCAUCAGUAACAUACACUUACCUACGCAUCCUGGAGGACCACAGUGGCCCACAGUUUGCAGGCCUCAGGCAAAAAGAAGUUGCCUUUGUUGUAGGUCUUCUCAGAGAAAGAUUUCAGGACUGCCUAAUGAUUGGAAGAGACCUCCUUCGACUCCUUCAAAACAUUGCAAAAAUUCAGGAGAUUGAAGCCUUCUGGAAAGAUUUGAUUCACAACCCCACCUCAUUGUCCACUGGCUUUACAGGGAUUCUCCAACUUCUUCAGACACGAACUUCACGAAGAUUUUUUGUUGUAAGAUUAACUCCAGAAAUGGAGAAGAAGAUUGUGUUCCUAUGUACAGAUGUAAAAUUUGGUAUGCAAAAGAGGUAUCAAGAAUGGUUCCAGAGACAGUACCUGAACACACCUGAGAGCCAAACACUGCGCUGUGACCUCAUCCGGUUCAUAAUUGGCUGUAUCCACCCCUCCAAUGAGGUUCUCUGCUCAGACAUAAUUCCACGGUGGGCUGUGAUUGGCUGGCUUCUUUCCUCUUGCACAUCGCCAGUUGCAACAGCCAACUCUAAACUGGCUUUGUUCUAUGACUGGCUCCUGUAUAACACAGAAACAGAUAACAUCAUGAAUAUUGAGCCUGGCAUUUUGGUAAUGUACCACUCAAUGCGGCCACACCCAGUCCUCACCACAUCACUGCUGGACUUCAUAUGCAGGAUAAUUCCCAACUUUCAUCCACCAUAUGCAGACAAGAUACGAGCUGGAGUGCAUAACUCCUUGAGACAGAUCCUGGAGAAACGGGUGGUGCAAUCCUUGGAGCCUCUCUUUGAUAAUCGUCACAUGGAUGUGGAAUUGAGGAAACUCAUUCGUGAAACAUUCCCAGAAUUCUGUGCAAACUCUGUCAUGGGGGAAGUCAAACAUGAAGACUUCGUGGCUCCUGUGUCCUCCCAGUCAGUCACUACCAUGGACCUCCUGGUGGAAACUGGCUUAGACUUUGGUGGGUCUCCUGUGAAUAAUGACAGUGAAGUGAACAAUAGUAAUCAUGUUGGUGGGGAGGAGGCCAUGUUUAGUGAAGAUGAAGAGGAACCCCCAAGCAAAGCCCCUCCCCCACCAGUUGUUAAACCUAAAGUGGAAGAAAUCCCAGUGACCCCCACUCCUGCCUUGGAAGUGGAAGAUGUAAAAGCCAAAGUGAAUGAUGUUAACAGUACAGAGGAAAAAGUGGACCUUAGUAAUUACUUAGAAUUUUUAGAAAAUGACAUGAAGACAAUUCUUCUUGAUCUGCAAACUGAAAAGGACACGAAACAGAGGUGUGAUCUACUUCAAAAGCUGUGUGACUUGAUAUUCAGUGAUGAUUUGGACCAGGUGGAAACUGUCAACUUGGCUUUUUGCCUCUGCCACCUUCUGUCGGAUGAUCUUAGUCCUGGAACCUCACUCUUGCCUCAGGAUAUCUCAGCUGAAAGUAUUCAAGAGAGCUUGGGACACCCUUUAUAUGUCCUCUUUGACAACCUCAUUACAUUGCCCGAGGACGAUCACCGAAGACAGCCCAUUUUGCAGCUCUUGGUAGAGAUGCAUAAAACAACCUACCAAGUGGGCUACCACUUCCUCUACUUCCUUAAAGCUUCCAACAUCAAAUCAGAUAAAGUUCAAGAAAACAAUGAAAGUUCUAUAUCAACAUACAGAGACUUGUGUAAGGCUGCUGGACUAAAAGAUUUUGCCGGCUUUGUGAUUAGAGACUUGCGGCUCUUGGGUGAAGAUGAUCCUAGAGUGUUGAGUUGGAUCAUUCCGGAUAUAUACAACAGUUUUGCAAAACAGACAAGAGGCAAUGCUGAGUUAUUACAGUUGGUGCUGGAGCGCUUAGACUCCUCUCAGCUGCAUGACUUGGUAUGCAUGGUACUUCAGGGAUCCCUACAAAUGUUUGACAACAGCUCAUUUGCUACUAUACUAGAAAAAAGCUUGCAGUGGGAAACUGUGGAGCAAUUAUUUCUCUGGCAACUAGCAAAAGCUCAUGAGAUUCCUGUUGAUUGCUGCCUGUCUGUGAUGCCCAAGCUCAAGUUUACCUCACAUUCUGCUUUGGUGUCCAACACACAUGGAGAAGCACUUUCAAACAUCCUUAUGAUGCUGCGAAGAGAAUCGCCAACUGGAAUUCUUUUACGAACACUGUUGCUGCGUGAGUUCAGGAUGGAGGACCCCACCGUGGUGACCAUCCUUCAGUAUUGGGUCCAACGUUAUGAGGACAAGAUGGCGAACCUCAUAAAUGAAGUGGUUAAUAAUAAGCCCCAGCCGUCACCAAACAAACGCAAAAGGAACCAAAGUACAAAAGCCAGUGCAGUGCCAUUGGACCAAGUCUUGUCACACUUGAACCACCUGAGGACCGCUUGUGGCCAAACAACAUUUUUUGCUUUAGAAACCAUGCAGGACAUUCUGCAGACAGCCCAAAACCAGUGUACUGAAACUCAGAAGAAAAAAUAUGGUGAUUUGUUUGCACUUAUCGAGGAAGAGGAGGAGGAAGAACCAGCGCCAGAGCCUCAAAGGAAACCCAAGUCCAGUAGAGGCAGAAAACCCAAAGGACGAAAAAAACAGGAAUCAGAAAGUGAAGAGGAAAGCAGUGAGGAGGAAGAUGUCAAGAAGCCAUCCAGAAAACGGAAAAAGAAUAAUCAAGUGGGCUCUGACAGUGACUAGCUUUGGCUUUUAAUCUAAUUGAAGUGAAUUUCAAAGGAAACUCUGAUUACUUUGAGACAUUGCCAAAGUGAUGCAUCCCACUUGUCUCCAGGUACUGUUGAGCCACUGAUACUGGCUAAGUUACUAUGGCAUGAUAGAAAUGUCAGUGCUACUGGUAAGCUGAAGUGAUGGUGAGUUAUGGCCUAGCCAGUUGGACUUGCAAAACCACUGUAGUAGUAUCAGUCACUAGUAUUAUCCAUGGCAUUGGUACUGACCAUGGCAGGACCAUUUUGUACUAUCACAGAUAGUGACUGUAUCCAUAUAGUGCAUUGCGGUUCCUGGCUCAAGUCAGUGUUACUGACAGUCAUUGUGAUGUCAGUCAUUGGUACUGGGGUCAGUUACUGGAGCACCGAUACUUGCUGCAGCAACAGCCGAGGGCAGUGUGGAAGACAGCCUCCGGGAACAAAACCCAGCACUCUUCAUCUGUGAUGUGAUAUAGCGGUAGCCUUAAUUUUUUUGUAUUUCCCCUCCCUUUUUUUUUAAAUGCAUUCAUUAAGGGGAUGCAUUCAUUCAAUUGUGGGGAGACAUACUUGUCUUAACCACCAUUAUUAAUUUUUCCCACCCAGUAAUUGAGCUGUGGACUCCAGAAAACUUUCCUCAGGCAAAGUAGACAGAUAAUUUGGAUAUUGUUAACAAUUUCCUUGAAAUAUAAAAUAGCAGUUUAUGAGACAGAAUCAGCACGUGUGAUGAAUGUCUGCUGCUUUGUUGGCAAAAGUGAGUAAACAGUUUUAGGGAUAAAGGGAAAAAGAACUACAUUAACUAACU